AUGGCAGCAUCUAAGAAUGACGGCCAAACGCCAUUGCAUGUAGCCGUGAUGAUAAGCAGUCCAGAGCUCGUCUCUCUACUUCUGCACUCAGGCGCCAACCCCAACCACGUUACUCAUGAUGCCCACACAGCCUUGCAUACCGCCGCCAGAGAGGGUCGUGUGGAUGUACUUUCCAUGUUACUCGAGGCUGGGGCCGAUCCAGAAGCAAAAAAUAAGGUAUAUAUAAUGUAUUUUCUGCGUUGCUUAUACUAA